UCAUGUGUUGUCUGGGAGGGGAGCCCUGCCUCUUUCCUCAGAUCAAUGCCCUGGCCACUCACUUUCUGAUGUUGCACGACGGGAAAUGCUUUGAAUACUUGCGACAUGGCCGCUUGCAUUGAUUGCCAAGAUUGACAGCAGUAACCAUCGUCUUCUAUUGCUUCUGUUUAGUGUAGAGAGGAAAAACGCGAUAAAUAUAGGCUACUUAGAACUGCUCUCAGCAGUUUUGACAGUUCAACUUCAUACAGCCAAAGCGGGAUUCCCUCUACGGUCAGUGGAAGCGAUACACUUCAGGUUUUUUUUUCUUUCUCUGCUACUACUCAUCAGUGUACAUUACUUUAACCUGUUUCAAUACCAAUAACGGGAUACGGCGAAGACGAGCGCUUGUUUUGGUAGGCUACCCUGCUCGCAUCAAGGUCUUUCUGCCCGUGGAUUUGGGGAGGAACUCGUGGUUUUGUGCAAGCAAAGAGCACAUCCUAACUGGAUCCGGCGAGCAGAUACCGACAGAUCGCAGACGAACGCUUAUGGUGCCAGUCAUUUUCAUGAACUCAAAAUCAACUCACCAGUGAUCUUUGGGAGCUGGGGAUAAAGUCUUUCUGUUUAUAACCCAAAUGCUGAACAUGGAGGGCUUUCUGCGUAGCAGCUUUUUACUGAGAAUCAUGUCUUCCAAGCAAGCCACCUCUCCGUUCGCCUCGACCCCUGACGGAGGCGAGGAUGGAAUGAAUCAGGAGCGCAUGUCCUGGGAGAAAGAGGAGAACUCAGAGUCACUAGUUAACCCUCAGCUGCCCCUGCACAAUCUGCUCCACAACAAACCUCCCCUGGAGGAGCUCCAGCCAAUCAGCAGCAGUGUGCCGCCCGAGUCCGACUGGGACAGCCUGAUGUCAGCCCAGCAGCGCAUGGAAUCGGACAGCAAUAAAGUAUGUUCCUUAUACUCCUUCCGGAAUAACUCUACCUCUCCACACAAGCCAGAGGAGGGGGCCAGGGAGCGCGGCGACCUGCUGAGCAGUUCAGCCUUCGGAACGCCAGAGCGCCGCAAAGGAAGCCUGGCCGAUGUGGUGGACACACUGAAACAGAAGAAGCUAGAGGAGAUGACAAAGACAGAGCAAGACGAAUCCUCCUGCAUGGAGAAACUCCUUUCUAAAGAAUGGAAAGAGAAGAUGGAGCGACUCAACACAGGCGAGCUGUUAGGAGAAAUUAAAGGUACUCCAGAAAGUCUCGCAGAGAAAGAGCGACAGCUCUCCACCAUGAUCACACAACUCAUCAGCCUGCGAGAGCAACUCCUGGCCGCCCAUGAUGAGCAGAAGAAACUGGCCGCCUCACAGAUGGAGAAACAGCGUCAGCAAAUGGAGCUGGCACGCCAACAGCAAGAGCAGAUUGCCAGACAACAGCAGCAACUUCUGCAGCAACAGCACAAAAUCAAUCUCCUCCAGCAGCAGAUCCAGCAGGUCCAGGGUCACAUGCCUCCGCUCAUGAUCCCCAUUUUUCCACACGACCAGCGCACUCUGGCAGCAGCCGCGGCAGCCCAGCAGGGCUUCCUCUUCCCCCCAGGCAUGUCCUAUAAGCCAGGUGAUAACUACCCGGUGCAGUUCAUUCCAUCCACAAUGGCAGCUGCUGCCGCGUCAGGACUCAACCCUCUCCAGCUCCAGCAACUCUACGCCGCCCAGCUGGCCAGCAUGCAGGUCUCUCCAGGAGCCAAGAUGCCUCCGCUGCCCCAGCCCCCCAAUUCUACUGGGCCGAUCUCCCCGUCUGGCUUGAAGAAUGAAAAGAGGGCCUCAACCCCACUGGCUCAAGUCAAGGAGGAGGGAACGCAGCCUCUCAACCUCUCCGCCCGGCCCAAGACAGCUGAGCCCGUCAGAUCCCCCACAUCCCCGACACAGAGCCUCUUCCCAGGCAACAAGAGCAGCCCGAACAGCCUGUCCAAGAGCAGAGGCAUCCCCAGCCCCAUCGGAGGAAUGGGCCGUGGCUCGUCUCUUGACAUUCUGUCCAGCCUGAACUCAACAGCGCUGUUUGGAGAUCAGGAUGCAGUGAUGAAGGCCAUCCAGGAGGCGAGGAAGAUGAGGGAGCAGAUUCAGAGAGAGCAGCUUCAGCACCAUCAGCAGGGAAUGGAGGCCAAGCUGUCUGCCCUCACCAGCAUGGGCCUGAACAACUGCAGGGCUGAUAAGGAGAGGUCUCAUUAUGAUAACCUGGGCCAUCACCUGGGCAAACUAGGCGAGGAUGGGAAGAUUGGUCACAGAGUCAUCGAUCUCACCAGGCCAGAGGAUUUCGAGGGUAAGUAUCUAUUUGUGAUGUUUGGAAACACAACUCGACUGCUCACAAAUUUGUGCUUUGCACCCUUGCAGAGCAUUGCCAUAUAUCUAAUGCUGCUUGCUGCUUGA